UGCUUGGCGGGGGAGGGGGUCGGCUGUUUUUCUGGAGAGUUGGAGCUGGAGCGAGACAAAGCCAGGCGAGGGGCUGGGCUGGCGCCAUGGAGCUGCCGUCCCGCGCCCUGCUGUGGAAACUCCUGCUUCUGCAGAGCUCUGCUGUUCUCCUAUCCUCAGGGCCCUCCGGGUCCCCAACAGCUGGCAGUUCGGUGGUGUCUGAGUCGGCAGUGAGCUGGGCAGCGGGUACCCAGGCCGUGCUUCGCUGCCAGAGCCCGCGCAUGGUGUGGACCCAGGACCGACUGCACGACCGCCAGCGUGUGGUCCACUGGGACCUCAGCGGCGGACCGGGAGGUCCAGCGCGCCGACUUGUGGACAUGUAUUCGGCGGGUGAGCAGCGAGUAUACGAGCCGCGGGACCGUGGCCGCCUGCUGCUGUCGCCCUCCGCUUUCCAGGACGGCAACUUCUCACUGCUCAUCCGCGCAGUGGAGGAAGGCGACGAGGGGCUGUAUACCUGCAACCUGCACCACCACUACUGCCACCUCUACGAGAGCCUGGCCGUGCGCCUCGAGGUCACCGACGACCCCCGAGCCGCGCGCGCGUACUGGGACGGCGAGAAGGAGGUGCUGGCUGCGGUGCGCGGCGCGCCCGCGCUGCUGACGUGCGUGAACCGCGCGCACGUGUGGACCGACCGGCACCUGGAGGAGGCGCAGCAGGUGGCGCACUGGGACCGGCAGCCGCCAGGGGUGCCGCACGACCGAGCCGACCGCCUGCUGGACCUGUACGCAUCUGGCGAGCGCCGCGCCUACGGGCCGCCCUUCCUGCGCGACCGCGUGGCGGUGGGUGCGGACGCCUUCGCGCGCGGCGACUUCUCGCUGCGGAUAGACCCCCUGGAACCAGCCGACGAGGGCACCUACUCUUGCCACCUGCACCACCACUACUGUGGUCUGCACGAGCGCCGCGUCUUCCACCUGAGGGUCACUGAGCCCGCCGCGGAGCCGCCCCCGCGGGCCUCGCCCGGCAACGGCUCUGGUCACAGCGGCGCCCCCGGCCCAGACCCCACGCUGGCGCGAGGCCGCAGCGUCAUCAACGUCAUAGUCCCCGAGGGCCGGGCCCACUUCUUCCAGCAGCUGGGCUACGUGCUGGCCACACUCCUGCUCUUCAUCCUCCUGCUCAUCACUGUGGUCCUGGCCACACGCCAGCGCCGCCGCGGAGGUGAGGCUGGAGCAUUCCAGACCCCGGGGCUCGGGGGUGCUGUGACCCCGCGGAUGGCGAGCCCAAGUGCGGAGGGCUUCAUCGGGGAGGGGCGAGGCUGCCCCCAACACCGUCUCCCUCCAUCGGCAGGCUACCAGUACGCCGACAAGAAGCUGGCAAAGUCCCCAGGGAAGGAUGUGAACUUGGCGGAGUUUGCCGUGGCCGCAGAGGAUCAGGCUCCUUAUAGGAGUGAGGACAUUCAGCUAGAUUACAAGAACAACAUCCUGAAGGAGAGAGCUGAGCUGGCCCACAGUCCGCUGCCGGCCAAGAGCAUCGACCUGGACAAAGAGUUCAGGAAGGAGUACUGCAAAUAAAAGGGGCCUGGGCUCCUGGCUGGCCAGCAGCUCUGCCUUGGAGGAUGUCUCCUGACCUUCCCACGCUCACCUGGCUCCUUCCCAGCGGCUGGACCCGCUUGCUUUCCUGGAACUCGGUCUGGACUGGCCAGAGUGGCUGCCCUCACACCCUCUUCCAGGAACCACGUCAUUCUCCUAGGGACUCUGCCACAGUGGCCACCACCCUUCGGCCACCCUUGUCCACUGGUGGCCCUGCUCCCACUUCCAGCACAACCAAGAUCCCUCUGUGUCCACCAAGGCUUCAGGUCCUCCUGGCCUCUCCCUGCUAGGGGCAGGAAGAUGCUCAGAGGGGCUCAGUCAGGACCUGGGGGCUUAGGAAGCUGGGGUCAGCCUGGAAGGCUGGCACAAUCCCUUUCUUCAGGGGUGCUUUGUGCCACUGCCCAGUCCCCAAGGGCCUUUCCAGAUUGCAUUGCCCAGAGUCCCUGCUGGGCUGCCGUCUGAUCUGUGCUGGGACUGAGGACAGCCCUCUGUGCUGCUUUGGGCCACUGGGGCCACCCCUUGGCUCCACCUCUGCUUUUGACCCCUUUCUCCAGCUUUCUCUCCCCUUUUUUCCAUGGCCCACCUGAGAGUCACUGGGUGCCUCGUGACCUUGACCAGUGCCCCUCCCUGGGCUGGAGUCUGGCUUUUGAUUUGACUGAGGACAGAGUGGGGCGGGGAGAUGGUUCUGUGUGCUGCCACAUUUGGUCCUACUGGGGGAUUUGCCACAACCCAAUAAAGGCCACAUCUG